GCACAGCAGUCCAUUUUUACCAGGACAAACACCAAGGGUAAAGCUGCAACUAUUGCUUCUUAUUGCGUCAGUCACAUUCUUACAAAACACAAGAAGUCUGUCAAGGAUGGUGAAGUUGUGAAAGAAGCAUUCGCCGAGGCUGCAGAUGCACUAUUUGGUGACUUUAAGAAUAAAAGUGAUAUCAUAGCUGCCAUUAAGAACGUGCAAUUAUCCCGUGGCACUGUUACAUGGCGAUGCGAGGGAAUGGCAGAGGAUGUCGAGGAGCAGUUGAGGAAGGAUAUUGAACGGUGUGAAUGUUUUUCUCUUCAAUUCGACAAGUCGACUGAUGUCAUGGAUGUGGCUCAGCUAUGUGUUUUCAUCUGAAUGGUUUUUGGAGACAUGGGUGCAAAAGAAGAGCUACUCACCAUUUUGCCAUUGAAAGGACACACUAGAGGUGAAGAUAUUUUCCAAGAUUUCAUGGAAUUUGUCAACAAGACCCAAUUACCCCUCUUCAAACUCAUCUCUAUCCAACUGAUGGUGCUCCAGCAAUGGUGGACCGUACUAGCGGGUUCAUUGCAUUGUGCAAACAGAGUGAAAAAAGACUUCCUUAAUUACCACUGUAUAAUCCACCAGCAGGCAUUGUGUGGUAAGAUUUUAAACAUGAAAGAAGAGAUGGAUGUUGAAAUGAAGAUUGUGUGUUCCGUUCGGGCCAGGAGUCUACAGAGAAGGUUAUUACGUGCUCAUUUGGAGGAGACAGGUGCAGAACACACAGACCUGUUGCUGUACACGUUUGUUAGAUGGCUGAGUAGAGGUAAAUUUUUAGCGAAAUUCUCAGAGUUGUUGCCUAAAAUCAAAGAUUUUCUGAAGCUUUCAAAACAUGCAAAAUAUGCCCAGCUAGAGGACUACCAGUGGCUAUUGGAUUUAGCGUUCCUGACCGAUCUCACUGACUUGCUGAAUGAUUUUAAUUUAGAGCUGCAGGGUAAAGAUAAACAUGUAAUUAACAUGAUCAGUUCAGUGAACACAUUUAAAAGCAAGCUACAACUGCUGUCAAGUAGGUUGCAACACAAUGACCUGCGGAACUUUACUCACAUGCAGAUAGAACUUCAGAGUCAGGGCAAAGACUUUGUGCAGCUUGACAGUGCACGUUAUGAGGAGCAAGUUCAGAGCAUCUUGUUCGAAUUUGAGAGGCGCUUUACAGACUUUUCAUCCAUCGAGCCUGAUGCCAGCUAUCUGUGUUUUCCAUUUGGCCCAAGUAUUGAUGUGGAUUGUAUUGCCUCCAAAAUCAUAUCAAUGUUCCACUUGGAUAGCUCUGCUGUUGAGAAUGAGAUUCUCACACUGCAAAAUGACAUUGAGAUCAAAUCCAGGGCAACACCUGGCAUGAAUGGAGAGUUCUGGAACUUACUGCCUGAACAAAAGUACACAUCCUGUGCUUUCAACUUGACAGCACUUUUCGGAUCAACCUAUUUGUGUGAGUGUGCUUUCUCUCACAAGAAAAUCAUCAAGUCAAGUACAGAUUUACAAUGACUGAUGACCACCUUGUGGCCUGCUUAAGGCUUGCGAUCAGCUCCUACUGCCCUGACAAUGAGAAUCUAGCUGCAUCCUCCCAGUGCCAGAGGUCCCACUAAGAUGGAUGCAUCGGACAGGGGGAUGGGGGCUGUGUUGUCACAGGUAGUGGAGGGUGAGGAGCGCCCCAUGCUGUACAUUAGCAGAAAACUCUCGGUAAGAGAGACUAGAUAUAGCAUGAUAGAAAAGGAGUGUCUGGCCA